GGGUAUAUUUACUUCUGGGACAUGGGAAGAGAAAUCAGAUGAAAUUUCCUUUGCUGACUUCAAAUUCUCAGUCACUCAUCAUUAUCUUGUACAAGAGUCUACUGAUAAAGAAGGAAAGGAUGAAGUAUUAGAGGAUGCUAUUCCACAAUCCAUGCAAGAUUUACUGUGUAUGAAUAACGAUUUUCCUCCAAGAGCACAUUGCCUGGUAAGAUGGUAUGGCCUGCGUGAGUUUGUGGUGAUUGCUCCUGCUGCACAUUGUGAUGCUGUGCUCAGUGAAUCCAAAUGCAACCUUCUUCUUAGUUCUGUUUCUAUUGCUUUGGGAAACACUGGGUGUCAGGUACCACUCUUUGUGCAAAUUCAUCAUAAAUGGCGAAGAAUGUAUGUGGGAGAAUGUCAGGGUCCAGGUGUCCGAACUGAUUUUGAAAUGGUUCAUCUUCGGAAAGUGCCAAAUCAGUACACUCAUUUAUCUGGUCUGCUGGAUAUCUUCAAAUCAAAGAUUGGAUGUCCUUUAACUCCGUUGCCUCCAGUUAGUAUUGCUAUUAGAUUUACCUAUGUGCUUCAGGAUUGGCAGCAGUACUUUUGGCCUCAGCAACCUCCAGGUGAGAUAUUUAGAACUGUGUUUAUUUUACUGAAUAUAGAUGGAAAGGAAAAUAUAUUAAGGAAUUAG